AUGCUUGAGAGAAGAGAACAAUACCAAGAGGGAAGCUUCUGGUUUUACGCUCCCAACAAAGGUGCACCCAUUGCAUUUGCAAUACUGUUCACUAUAUCUGGGACUAUACAUAUCUAUCAAUGCUUCAAAUUCAAAUCCUGGAAAGUGACCGGUAUGCUUCCCUGGUCUGCUUUGCUGUUCACGGUAGGAUUUAUCCUACGGACAGUUGGGGCUUUCGGGGAGUGGGAUAAUCUGGCCGUAUACAUUGCAAGCACUGUCUUCUUACUUGCUGCGCCACCAGUCUACGAAGGCGCCAACUUUUUCAUCUUGGGCCGCAUACUCUAUUACAUUCCCUACCACUCGCCAAUUCACCCCGGUCGCGUCUUCAGUACGUUUGUUGCUAUGGGCAUCGUGAUUGAGAGCAUAACUGCGAACGGAGCUGCAUUGGUUGCCAAUACCAGCAAUUCCCAGUCCAGUCAGAACACCGGCAAGGCACUUCUCAAGGCCGCGCUUAUUCUACAGAUUGCGCUCAUGGUUGGCUUUGUAUCCCUGGCCGGAAGAUUUUACUAUAACUGCGCCCGUGGAGGUGUCCUCAAUCGCAAGGUGAAAAAUGCGCUUUACGUGCUGUUUACCAGCUGCACCCUCAUCACCGUGCGGACGAUCUAUCGGACUGUCGAGUACUUCACUGCGGCAAGCCUGAAUGUCAGCAACAUUGACCAGAUUAGUCCUGUCUUGAAGGACGAGUGGUUUUUCUGGAUCUUUGAAACUCUGGUUAUGUACUCGAAUACCACGUUGCUUAACUUGCUUCCUCCUAUGCGGUGGUUACCGCGUUCGAACAAGAUCUAUCUUGCGGAAGAUGGUGUCACCGAGAUUGAAGGUCCCGGAUACGAAGAUCGUCGUCCUUUCCUGCUCACCUUUAUUGAUCCCUUCGAUUUGGUUGGGCUGAUCACAAAGCGCGGCAAGAAGGAGAAGUAUUGGGAGUCCAAGCAAGUUGGUGCAGCUCAAGCAUGA